UCAAUUCUUUUUUUAAUGUUUUUAAGUUUUGUGAUUGUGUUUUUUCUUCUUCUAAUACAUUAACAAGGUGGGGCUAAGGGGCCCAAAAAUUUGAUCACCAUCAGUGCUUUCGCGUAUUUGCUGGCGCAUAGAGUGGUUCAAGCGCUCAGAUUUUCCUCAUAUUUUUUUCUUCUGUAGUAAGUAACUAAAAAAACCAUCCAACAUGGACGCGAUCAAGAAGAAGAUGCAAGCGAUGAAGCUUGAAAAAGACAAUGCCAUGGACAAGGCUGAUACCUGUGAAGGUCAAGCCCGCGAUGCCAAUUCCCGUGCCGACAAGGUUAUGGAAGAAGUCCGUGAAUUGCAAAAGAAAUUGGUUCAAGUUGAAGCUGAUUUGGUCACCUCAAAGCAUGCUUUGGAAACUGCCAAUCAAGAACUGGAAGAGAAGGAUAAACUUUUGACUUCCACAGAAUCUGAAGUUGCUACUUUGAACCGUAAGGUACAACAGAUUGAAGAAGAUUUGGAAAAAUCUGAAGAACGUGCAACAAUUGCCGCCCAAAAAUUGUUGGAAGCUACUCAAAAGGCUGAUGAGAACAACCGUAUGUGCAAAGUACUCGAAAACCGUUCUCAACAAGAUGAGGAACGUAUGGAUCAACUCACCAACCAGUUGAAGGAAGCCCGUCUCCUCGCUGAAGAUGCUGAUGGUAAAUCCGAUGAAGUUUCACGCAAGCUGGCCUUCGUUGAAGAUGAACUUGAAGUUGCUGAAGAUCGUGUCCGUGGUGGAGAUGCCAAGAUCAUGGAACUUGAAGAAGAAUUGAAGGUCGUAGGAAACUCAUUGAAAUCUCUGGAAGUAUCUGAGGAGAAGGCCAACCAACGGGUAGAGGAAUUCAAGCGUGAAAUGAAAACUCUCACUGUCAAAUUGAAGGAGGCUGAGACUCGUGCUGAACAUGCUGAGAAGCAAGUCAAGAGGCUCCAAAAGGAAGUCGACAGACUAGAAGACGAAUUGGGCAUCAACAAGGACAGAUACAAGAGUCUUGCCGACGAAAUGGAUUCCACAUUCGCCGAAUUGGCUGGUUAUUAAAUGCUCUAUUGGAAAUACAUUUCCUUCUCUACUAUCAGCAUCUAGGCCCACUCUGCUAUCAAUGAUAGAGCAAAGUAACAUCUUGAAAAUGUCAAUUGAGUUAUAUUUCGAUGGUAUUUAAUAUUUAUCACUCUAAAGUUAUUGAAGAACAAAAAAAAACACCAACAAGCAACAAUGCAUAUACAUAAUUUUAAAUGAAAAUAAAUAUGCCUGGCAAAUUUACGAUGAUUGUUGUUGUAUAAUUGUGAAAGUGAAAAAUAAACAAUAAAGUCUUUAACCAAUCA